UCUAUAGGUGAUUCAAGAUCAUUGUUUGAAUGCACAACUCUUCUUUUAAAUUUCUGCCUACACAACUUUUGAAUUUCUUAGCUUCUGGCUCAACUUUGUGAUCCAGCUCCCUUCAUGAAUAAUCAAACCUCCGACCUGCAUUGAUCUUGGAGCACAUUUCUCAUUUCUCAUGGCAGAAUUUUGGAAUACAUUAUGGAGGUGGAUUUCUGGGAUCUUAGGAGUCACAUGCCUUUCACUGAUAAUAAUUUUGGGAAUUUUGUUGAACAAUACAUUUCAUCAAGAAACGAUUAAAUCGACAAGCCCUGCGGAACCAUCCACACAAUUCCAAGAAGGAACUGACUGCUAUUUUUGUCAAGAAAGGUGGAUUGGAUCCAUGUGCAACUGUUACUUUGUUUCCAGUGACUUAGAAACUUGGGAAGAAAGUAGGAAUUUCUGUGCUUCUAACAAUUCCACUCUACUUCAGAUGGACAACAGAGAUGAAUUGGCAUGUAUUUAA